AUGGGAAAUGCAAAACGGGUUGUUCUUCGUUUAGCAGAAGCUGACUGGAAUCAGAAGGAUUUCUAUGAGCCAGUUCGACUAUAUCUCGAGAAACACGGUCGGUCGCCGGAGGAGUUGGAAGCCAAACGACACUUCAUCCAUAUCCAGCCCCCAAGUUCUGAUAUCCCAAUACAAAAAUCAAAGAUUUACAUUGUCAUUGACAUCGAAAAAGAUGAAUUCGCUGGCCCUCUUUCCAGCGACUUCCCACAUGAUAUACGUGAGAUUCGACGGGAGGAUGGUAAUCUGUAUGUUCCAGGUAUUAUCGGCUUGGCUAUUGUUUAA